AUGAUUGUUUAUUGGUCAGUCACCGGUUAUCACGUUUUAAUUGGCUCUGUUCGUUUAUUCCGCUAUAGUGGGCAUGUUCAUGCUGGACAGAAAAUUGGUGUAUCUUUGGAUAUUGAAUGUGAAUUGAAAUUAAAUAAACAGAAGAUGCAUAAACGUCCUCGAAAAGAAGAAAAUUUUGUCAGAGUUUAUUUACACAAAGAAGGACGUCCAAUUGAUCCAACACAUCAUUUAAUUGAUUGUUUGUUUUUUAAUAAUCGAGACUGA